AUGGCGCCUGCUUGGAAUAUUGCGGGUUAUUUGCUUAAGGCGAAGGAAGAACUGAAAUCGACGCGACCGGUUCGGUUACAGCAGGAGCGCCUUGCCCAGGUUGAGAAUAGCAUCGAAGAACGCCGAAGACAGACGCUGGAGGCUGAGAUCCGAGAGAUUCAGACUCAGGUGGACGCGAAGAGACAGCUCAUCGACUCACUCGGUCGGCAAAUGGAGGAGAUCCAGUACAAAGAAAUUCUCCGGCAAAUAACCGAUCAGUAUCUCGUUAUGAGCCAAUUCAUUCGAACUAAGACCCAACCCCCACUCUUCUGGACGCCCUACAAGCACAACGCAAUCACUCGGAAACUUCAGAUCAAUACCAACGAGGAAAUCAACAACCGAAUAAAAUCCUUCAAUCAACAACAAUGA